UAAUCACUUAUCCAUAUCAAAGAAAACUAAACAAGAAAAUACAUACAAAGAAAAAUGCUUGAUAAGCUUUUCGGAGGAGUUGCCGGAGGAGUUGCCGGAGGUAUUAUUGGAACGGUCGAUGGGUUCGCUAGAGGGGCCGGAUUAUGCCCCAAUAAUAACCAGAGCAACGGUCGCCGCUUCGAGAAUCACAAUAAGCCGCGUCCCGUCAACCAUGGCAAUGGUAACGGCGGUUCAGCAGUGGUGAAGCCUUCGGGGAACUGCGGCGGCCGCCGCCAGAAAGACAGGGAGUAAAGGACUCCAGACCGCACCCAGUAAUGAUGAUGUAUCCUAAAUAAUAAAUGUAUCCCAAAUAAUAAAUGUAUGCGUGUGAUAAACAUGUACUAAAACCAAAUAGGGGACUUUUAAUAAAAAGUGUUCUUGUUUGAUUACCUUAUGAUUACUGUUGUGUUUAUGUUUAAUAUAAUUGAUGCAUAUUAUUAGCUGAUCUUAUCAGGGCACUUUUAAUAAAAAAAGUGUUCUUGU